UCUCCAAUGGCGAUGUCAGAGCCUUUAUUGAUGAGAUCGUUGAUGUCCAGUCCUAUCCUGGACCCACAAGCUCUAUAUUAGAUGCUGGGGGUAUAGUGGUCAUCACCAACAUUCUCCAGAUCCUUGGGUCUGAUCUUACGCUUCCUCAAGGCGUUGCUGCUGUUUUCAAUUUCGUUGUGGAGAAGCUUGGUGACACAAAGUAGGAAAAUGUUGGAGAGCACUGGCGCUAUAGGACACACCCCUGUUUCACCCUGUGCAUACAAGGAAGGGCUGGGAUUCUUAUCCGCCUAUAUGGUCACCCGAGCAUCAUCCCAUCAUGGAACUGGCAGAGGAUAUUAACACAUUAAAUGGGAUAGCCAAACCUGAGGAGGACAUCCAUAAGAGCUUUCUUUGCACACUAGAUAAUCCUAUGGAGAGAUUGACAAAGGCACACACACACACACGUUUGCAUUAACAUUGAGAUAUCCUGUUAAACAAUUCCCAUUUAAGGAAAUUCUGAGAAAGCACAGAGGAUUAACAAUAAAGAUGGAAACAAAAAAAUAUUCAGUGGUGGAAUUCACAGAGGACAGUGCAGUCGAAGUAGUCCCAACAUCAUGGUUGGAGGUGACCAAAGAGGGAACGUUCUGUUAUUGGACUUAUGGAAAUGCAAGGCAGCUUGUAAAAAAUUGCGCAAUGCCAGACAAAGCAAAGUGGAGCAAGUGUUUGGUAAAAAAUUUUUGGCUAAGAACAGACUCAUACACCAAAGGUGUCCAGAAAUGCCGGCGUGUAGUAGAGACCUCAAACAUUGAAACGGAGGACAGCUCCACAACAAACAAAAAGAGGGCACACAAAAAACCACAGAGAUUUCUGCCUGAAACAGAUUCCUCCUCAGAUGAUGAUGUCAGAGUUUUCCCUAAGGAUAAUCUAUCAAAACCACUUCCACCCAAAUAUAAGCCAUUCUCCAAUAUUCAUCCUCUUGACAAGGCAAAAACAUCACUGCCAGAGUUUGGACAAUCAAGCACGUCACAAACACUUCAAGCUGCCUCACAGCUUCUCUUAGAAGAGCCCCAGUGUUCUUCUGAAGCAGCAACAAAGAACUACCGCACAAAAGUCUUGCAAAAACUGCAAGAGAUUACAGAGAACCAGCAAGACAUCCUGGCCAUGCAAAGAAGUUUGCUGGCUGCUGUGUCUGUGACAGUGACUGAGGAAGGGGAGGAUGAGGCAUGA